CUAUUAUCGGUGAACAAAAACGUCAUUCAGAGUUUUAUAAAAGUGGUCGCUAGCUUCUCUGUAACAUUAGCCGUUGCUUCCUCUGUUCGAAUCCACAGCAAGAGAAGAAGCAGAGACAUGAAAGCCCCUUCUUCUCUUUUCCUCAAAGGCCACGUCUUUCCUUCCUCUUUUUUUCUCCUCACAAACAGCCAACGGACACCUAAUGUAAAAAUGCACCCCAUGUUGUACUUAUGUAAAGCCAUCCAAACUAAUUCAUAUGAAAUUUCCAAUGGAAGCUAUCAUCCCACUGUUCAACACCCAACAGAAAAAAAUACGAUGGAGAAGCCAUCUAGGAAAACUGAAUCUAUUGGGGCAUUUCAAAAGUUGCCCAUAGUGAUGCCAUCAAUUGACAUUCUAGGAUCCGCAUUGAGAAAGGCGAGGAAGGUUUCUCCAACGAAAGGAAUUGCCAACAUUGCGAAAAGGGAGAAAAACAAGGGUGCAAAGCAACUUGAUGCAUUGAUGAAAGAAAUUGCUGUCCCCUUGAGGACCUAUGUGCAGAGUUUUCCUAACAAAACAUAUCUUCAUCCUUAUGAAAGAUCUCUGAUUGAGCUUACUCUUGGAGAUGGAUACUAUGAAAUGGUGCUACAGAAGGUAGAUGGUUUAAGGAAGAGAGUAGUAUCUGUUGGAAAGGAACAUGCUUCACUUUGUGCUAAGUCUUCAUCAAAGCGAGAAGCAGAGGAAAGGUUGAGUGAGGGUCUUAAGAAAAUUGAAGAGGUUUUUGCUCAAGAAAGAAAAGUUGUUGAUGAUUUGUUAGACAUAGCUAAGACUCUCAGAGCAAUGCCAGUAAUCAAUUUGGAAAUGCCAACUCUGUGUCUUGUUGGAGCUCCUAAUGUAGGCAAAUCUUCUUUGGUCCAUGUACUCUCUACCGGCAAGCCUGAGAUUUGUAACUAUCCCUUCACAACAAGAGGAAUUCUUAUGGGUCAUAUUAUUUUUAACAUUACGAAGUUUCAGGUUACAGAUACUCCGGGCCUGCUGAGGAGGCAUGAUGGUAAUUAACAUUUCAUUUGUUUAUAUCAGUUUUCUAGUUGUCCUGAUUUUUCUUAUUUGGUGAAUGUUAUAUUUCCGAAGUUUUUCUUGGAGAAUUUUUUUAGUCCAUUGGUUUUAGGAUCAGUUUUCCUAAGAGGAGGGGUAUGGUAUAUAUUAUAAUACUAUGGGUUGUUGGAGG